AUGGACUCUGACGUCACGGCCCCGGACUGCACUCAACAACGUCAAGGGAUAAAGCCCCUGUGCCAAGGAGAAGCUACUCGGCCCCCUCGACCAACUUUGCCCACAGAUAAGCAGACUCGAGGCCGAGCACAAGCUCAGCGCCAGUGGACCCAAUUGCGAUCACGAUCUGAAUUUGAUGCCUUUAGGACCCGAAGUGGAAGAAUAUCAAGACCGCCAGUGAGAUGGUCUGUUGCGUGA